ACCUCGUGAUCCACCCACCUCGGCCUCCCAAAGUGCUGGGAUUACAGGCAUGAGCCACCACACCCGGCCGGAGGAGGACAUUGCUUCUUAACUGGCAGAAACUUGCUCUGCACCCUGGAAUAUAUUCUGAAAGCUGGGAACAGUCAGAGGCCUCAAACAAAUAAUCAUAAGAGCUAACAUUUCCUGAGCGCUUACUACAUAACAGGUACUGCCAAGGGCAUUUAAAGUGUUAUCUCACUUUUCACAGCAGUUCCAUAAGGUAAAUCUAUCAUCCCCAUUUUACAGAUGAGGCCACUGAGGCUAAAGAUAAAGUACUUUGCGCAAGAUCAUAGAGCCAGGAAAGAGUGGAGCCAAGAUUUGGACCCAGGCUGGCCAAUUGCUGUGCGCAUGCUCCUUACCCCUCUACUAUAUUGCCUUCCCUCCAAAGGAGAGGUUACCUGUCUCUGCCACCCCCAGCCUGGAAAUGCGACCAGCACCCACAUUGGCUCUCACAUCGUCAUAUUCUCUCCUAAUGCAACUUCUUGUUUGGGAAAUAGAUAUUGCUGAAGCCAGGAUGAUUCAGGAGGGGCUUCUGUGAUGGGCAGGGUGGAGGACUAUGCUGGGGAGGGGUGCUGGGAGAUCGCCAUCUGUUUCUGUCUUGCUGACAGCAUUUUUCCCCUCUCCGCACUGGACAGAGCCUCCUCUGUUCCUCUCCAUCUGACUUCCUGCUUCCUCCUCUGGCUUUGGAGUGCCUGGCUCCUCUGACUACCUCUUCUUAAGCCCCCAUCUCUUCUCUCUCUCACUCCGCUUGGCCUCCGGAAUGCUCCCCGCUGCUGGGCAGUGAUCCAGCCCCUGCUGUGUGCCGUAUACAUGCCCAAGUGUGAGAAUGACCGGGUGGAGCUGCCCAGCCGUACCCUCUGCCAGGCCACCAGAGGCCCCUGUGCCAUCGUGGAGAGGGAGCGGGGCUGGCCUGACUUCCUGCGCUGCACUCCUGACCGCUUCCCUGAAGGCUGCACGAAUGAGGUGCAGAACAUCAAGUUCAACAGUUCAGGCCAGUGCGAAGUGCCGUUGGUUCGGACAGACAACCCCAAGAGCUGGUACGAGGACGUGGAGGGCUGCGGCAUCCAGUGCCAGAACCCGCUCUUCACCGAGGCUGAGCACCAGGACAUGCACAGCUACAUCGCGGCCUUUGGGGCCGUCACAGGCCUCUGCACGCUCUUCACCCUGGCCACAUUCGUGGCUGACUGGCGGAACUCGAAUCGCUACCCUGCUGUUAUUCUCUUCUACGUCAAUGCGUGCUUCUUUGUGGGCAGCAUUGGCUGGCUGGCCCAGUUCAUGGAUGGUGCCCGCCAGGAGAUCGUCUGCCGUGCAGAUGGCACCAUGAGGCUUGGGGAGCCCACCUCCAAUGAGACUCUGUCCUGCGUCAUCAUCUUUGUCAUCGUGUACUAUGCCCUGAUGGCUGGCGUGGUUUGGUUUGUGGUUCUCACCUAUGCCUGGCACACUUCCUUCAAAGCCCUAGGCACCACCUACCAGCCUCUCUCGGGCAAGACCUCCUACUUCCACCUGCUCACUUGGUCACUCCCCUUUGUCCUCACUGUGGCAAUCCUUGCUGUGGCGCAGGUGGAUGGGGACUCUGUGAGUGGCAUCUGUUUUGUGGGCUACAAGAACUACCGAUACCGUGCGGGCUUCGUGCUGGCCCCAAUCGGCCUGGUGCUCAUCGUGGGAGGCUACUUCCUCAUCCGAGGAGUCAUGACUCUGUUCUCCAUCAAGAGCAACCACCCGGGGCUGCUGAGUGAGAAGGCUGCCAGCAAGAUCAAUGAGACCAUGCUGCGCCUAGGCAUUUUUGGCUUCCUGGCCUUUGGCUUUGUGCUCAUUACCUUCAGCUGCCACUUCUACGACUUCUUCAACCAGGCUGAGUGGGAGCGCAGCUUCCGGGACUAUGUGCUGUGUCAGGCCAAUGUGACCAUCGGACUGCCCACCAAGAAGCCCGUCCCUGACUGUGAGAUCAAGAAUCGCCCGAGCCUUCUGGUGGAGAAGAUCAACCUGUUUGCCAUGUUUGGAACUGGCAUCGCCAUGAGCACCUGGGUCUGGACCAAGGCCACGCUGCUCAUCUGGAGGCGCACCUGGUGCAGGUUGACUGGGCAGAGUGACGAUGAGCCCAAGCGGAUCAAGAAGAGCAAGAUGAUUGCCAAGGCCUUCUCCAAGCGGCACGAGCUCCUGCAGAACCCAGGCCAGGAGCUGUCCUUCAGCAUGCACACUGUGUCCCAUGAUGGGCCUGUGGGCCCCUCCCACCCUCUGGGGGGCUUCCCGUCUCUGUUUCUGCCCCUGGGUCUGCUUGCCAGUGCUUGGGUUCCAAGAAGACUCCGCAGUUGCUAUCCCUGGGCAAGACGGGCUUGGCCUUUGAUCUCAAUGAGCCCUCAGCUGAUGUCUCCUCUGCCUGGGCCCAGCAUGUCACCAAGAUGGUGGCUCGGAGAGGAGCCAUACUGCCCCAGGAUAUUUCUGUCACCCCUGUGGCAACUCCAGUGCCCCCAGAGGAACAAGCCAACCUGUGGCUGGUUGAGGCAGAGAUCUCCCCAGAACUGCAGAAGCGCCUGGGCCGGAAGAAGAAGAGGAGGAAGAGGAAGAAGGAGGUGUGCCCGCUGGCGCCGCCCCCUGAGCUUCACCCCCCUGCCCCUGCGCCCAGUACCAUUCCUCGACUGCCUCAGCUGCCCCGGCAGAAAUGCCUGGUGGCUGCAGGUGCCUGGGGAGCUGGGGACUCUUGCCGACAGGGAGCGUGGACCCUGGUCUCCAACCCAUUCUGCCCAGAGCCCAGUCCCCCUCAGGAUCCAUUUCUGCCUAGUGCACCAGCCCCCACGGCCUGGGCUCACGGCCGCCGACAGGGCCUGGGGCCCAUUCACUCCCGCACCAACCUGAUGGAGGCAGAACUCAUGGAUGCAGACUCGGACUUCUGAGCCUGCAGAGCAGGACCUAGGACAGGAAAGAGAGGAACCAAUACCUUCAAGGCUCUUCUUCCUCACCGAGCGUGCUUCCCUAGGAUCCCGUCUUCCAGAGAACCUGUGGGCUGACUGCCCUCCCAGGAGAGUUCUGGAUGUCUGGCUCAAAGCAGCAGGACUGUGGUAAAGAGCCUAACAUCUCCACGGGGAGGCCUCACCCCAGGGACAGGGCCUGGAGCUCAGGGUCCUUGUUUCUGCCCCACCAGCUGCAGCCUGGUUGGCAGCAUCUGCUCCAUCGGGGCAGGGGGUAUGCAGAGCUUGCGGUGGGGCAGGAAUGGUGGAGGCAGAGGUGACAGUUCCCAGAGUGGGCUGUGGUGGCCAGGGAGGCAGCCUAGCCCACGUCUGGCCGAUGAGGGCUGGCUGCCGUUUUCUGGGCUGAUGGGUGCCCUUUCCUGGCAAUCUCAGUCCAAAAGUGUUAAUUUUUUCAUUAGUCCUUUGUCUAAGUAGGGCCAGGGCUCCCUCUUCCUCUCGCAGGUGUUUGUGGGGCUGGAAGGGCCUGCUCCCAUAGGGGCCGUGUCGCCUCUUAAUAGUUGGCCCUACCCCAAACCCAUCUUUUGUUCUCCUGUAUCCUCCUUCCCUUGUUCCAUUUCAGUUCAAUUUCAGAGCUGCCAACCUCUUCACAUUUCUUUUUUUUUGAUGAGGACCCAGAGCUGCUGCACACACUCACCUCCAACCCCCUCCCCUCGCUGCUGGGCCCCAUCGCCACGGGAGAGACUGGUUCAGCUCUAGGGCCUCAGCCUGGAGUGGGAUAGGAGAGGAGAGUAAUGGGGCCUCCGAAAGAUGUGUCAUCUCUUCCUCACACCCAUUCAGUGGGGGAUGGGUCCUCUAGACUUGAGGGGCUGCCCUGGGAAGCUGCUGUAGCUUCAGCCAGGCAAGAAAGCUUCCUUCAACCUGCAUAGCCGGUGGGUGAGAUUCCCACCUUCCAUAGCCUCCAACCAUGUUCCCAAGGCCCCACUUUCAAGAAUCAGACAGCAGGAAGCCAUAGAUGCUGGCUGGGUUCCAGGUUAUGGGGAGAAGAAAUACAGUCAAUAAAAGGUUUUUGUAUAAA